CGUUCUUGCUAUUUUUAGCUAUACCUCUUGUCUUUCUUCUCCUCAAGCAUUUCCUAUUUGGGGUUCAACGGCUUCCGCCAGGUCCAAAUACAUUCCAGGUUUUAGGGUGUCUUACGCAGUUAGUAUACAAACCCCACAUUGCACUCCAAACCCUAGCUAAAAGACACGGCCCUCUUUUUUCGUUCCGGCUUGGGGACCAACUCAUGGUGGUUGCAUCAUCUCCCGACACUGCUAAAGAAUUUUGCAAAACGCACGACCGGAUGUUUUCCGGGAGGCAUUUGCCUUCAGUGUAUCACAAUCUUCCAAGGACGAUGGAUUCGUCCAUAGUACUGUCGCCUGAAUGUGGUAGAUCAUGGAAACUCCUGCGUUCCAUUGGUCAAAAUUGUGUUUUUUCCUCAAAGGCUAUGGAAACGAAUGCGUGGAUUAGAAAGGCCAAGGUGAUGGAAAUGGUGAGUCAUAUUAGCUCUAAGGAAGGUGAGGUCGUGAAUCUUGAAGACCUAAUAUUUGCAACUCUGGCAAAUAUCAUUUCCAGUGUUCUUACUUCGAGAGACCUGUUUGAUGUUAAAAACGAGGCGAAGGACAAGUAUAGGGUGAUGAUGGGAUUAGUGAACGAGGUGAUUGAAAAAACUACUACACUAGGGUUGGUUGAUUUCUUGCCUGUUUUGAGAUGGGUUGAUUUUUGGAGUAAGGGAAAGGCGAUGGAUAUGUAUAGGAAAAUUAAACUUACCUGGGGCAGUAUCAUCCAGGAAAGAAGAUCAUCAAAGGGGAGUGAUCAUAAAUCUAGUUCAGACGGCCAAGAUUUCUUGGACAUUGUCCUGGCUGAUAGUUCAUUUUCGGAAGAUCAGAUUGGGAACGCGUUGAUGGAAUUACUGAUUGGCGCGACGGAUUCCACCACCAUAACAACAGUAUGGCUAAUGGUAGAACUGAUCAGAAAUCAAGAAAUGUUGUCGAGAGUUCGCGACGAAAUCGCACAAACCGUCACAGGAGACAAGCCGAGCGAGUCCCUUUUAUCCCAGUGCCACUAUUUCCAGGCCUGUAUCAAGGAAACACUGAGACUACACGUUCCAGCUCCGCUCUUGGUGCCCCACCGCGCAACCGAGACGUGCAAGGUGAACAACUACGUGAUCCCCAAAGACAGCAUGAUUCUUGUCAAUGCUUGGGGGAUUGCCCGAGACCCUGAUUACUGGAACGAUGCUACAGUUUUCAAGCCUGACAGGUUCCUGGACACGAAAAUAGGGUUCCGGGGCACCCAUUUUGAGUAUUUGCCUUUCGGGACAGGGCUGAGGAUGUGCCCUGGAUCCACUGUGGCUUUCAAGAAUAUUCAGAUGCUUGUUGGAUCUCUGUUGCAUUACUUCGACUGGAGCCUUCCGGGUGGAGUGGCCCUGACUGCUAUAGACAUGAACGAGAAGUACGUUACGACUUUGAAGAAGGAAAAGCCGUUGCUUUUGAUUCCUAAGUUAAGGUACAAAAAUUGAGGUUCGGUUUGAAGUUUGAUUCGUGGUUUUGGA